CGCGAUGAAUGGCGCUCACUCUCCGCGGGAAUGAUCUGAUCUGAAGGCUGCGGAGAGUCAGCGGUGCUCUAUGAAAGUCAUGGCCGCUCAGUGUGAACCCUUAAGCGGAUACUUACAGCAGUCUGAUCCGGGCUCCAACAGCGAGCGCAGCGCCGAUUCCCCUCUGCCCGUGUCUGAGGAUGACUCCAGCGGACCCACUGCACCUCCGGACCCCGAGUGGACCGAGGAGAGGUUUCGAGUGGACCGGAAAAAACUGGAGAUCAUGUUAUUAGCUGCCACGGAGGGGCGAGUCAACGGAGGUGAGGACUUCUUUCAAAAGGUCAUGGAGGAGACAGAUACUCAGAUUGCAUGGCCUUCCGUGUUUCUUAGCUGUGGAGGACAGGAGAACAGAACUCCCACUGGCCUGCUCUUAAAGGGGGGCAGCAGCUGUAAAAACAGUCCGAAGCGCUCCGUUCUUCCAGUGCUUAUCACCCAGUCCACCGCUAUGUUGCAUCAGACUGGGUUCUUGUCUCCAUGGAGAGCUGCUAGGCUGCUGAUGUGCACGGCCCAGUAUGCUCCUACAGUGGACCCAGAGGGAAUUGAAGAUGUUAUCAUGUCUCCAUUGCUGCCGCUACAUCUGUCUGCUCAUGAUGGUGCAGCAAUCCAAAAUCCACAUAUCAAAGUUAGUGGUAAGAGGGACAAUGUGAAGGAAGCCAAGGAGAAGAUCAUGUCUGUCCUGGACACUAAGAGCAAUCGUGUGACUCUAAAGAUGGACGUCUCACAUACCGAGCAUUCACAUGUCAUCGGCAAAGGGGGAAACAAUAUUAAGAAGGUGAUGGAGGACACGGGCUGUCACAUCCACUUCCCUGACUCCAACCGCAACAACCAGGCUGAGAAGAGCAACCAGGUGUCCAUAGCUGGCCAACCAGGAGGAGUGGAGGCCGCCAGAGCCCGAAUUCGGGAGCUGCUCCCGCUGGUGUUGAUGUUCGAGCUGCCAGUCAUAGUGCAGCUGAACCCUGACCCCAGUUCUCCUGCCAUCCAGCACAUCUCCCAGACAUACAACAUCUCUGUGGCCUUCAAACAGAGGUCCAGACUCUAUGGAGCGACAGGAGUGGUGCGGGGCUCACAGAAUAAUGCUGCGGCCGUGAAGAGGGGCACAGCAGUGUUACUGGAGCAUCUCGCGGGCAGCCUGGCCAGCGCCAUCACAGUCAGCACACAGCUUGACAUCGCGCCCCAGCACCACCUCUUCAUGAUGGGCCGCAACGGCAGCAACAUCAAGCACAUCAUGCAGCGCACAGGAGCGCAGGUCCACUUCCCAGACCCAAACUGCCCGCAGAAGAAAUCCACCGUCUACGUGCAGGGAAACAUUGACUCUGUGUGUCUGGCUCGCCAGUACCUGAUGGGCUGCCUGCCACUGGUGCUGAUGUUUGAUAUCAAAGAGGACAUCGAGGUGGAACCGCAGUGCAUUACUUCCCUAACGGAACAGCUUGAUGUGUUCAUUAGUGUCAAACCCAAACCCAAGCAACCUAGCAAGUCAGUGAUAGUGAAGAGUGUGGAGAGGAACGCUCUGAACAUGUAUGAGGCCAGGCGUUAUCUGUUGGGUUUGGAGAGCAGUGGCGUAUCAGUCCCUACCAGCAGUAACAGCAGCAGUCCUCCAUCUGGCCCUGCUCCACCUCCACCUCUCAGCUUCCCUGUUGGCCUCGACAUCCUGGCCUCUGCCGGCCUCGGCCUCACCAGCCUGGGUCUUCUGGGACCUACGGCAACCUCCAUGACACUACCUUCCACCAACUCCCUUCUCAACGCUCUCAACAGCUCCAUCAGCCCAUUACAUACAUCCACCUCUGGAACACCCUGCCCCAAUCUGUGGCCCAACUCACUGGCCAGUCCUGCCAGCACUCCAAGUUUCUCAUCGCCCUUGAUGAUCCACCCAGCCACCCAGGCAACUCUAACCAGCAUCUUGCUGUCAGGGGUGCCAGGCUACACCCAGAACACUCCGUCCCCUCCGCCUGGUCUUGCCCCCAUAGAUGCCCAAGUCAACAGAGUAUCAGACUGCAGUAAAGCUGUGUGCUCCCUUAGUAGCAAACAGCCCAGGACCAUGUACAGCAGAAUGUCUGCAGCGUCUCUGGCAGAUAAAGUUCUGACCGCAGCUCAUGGUGACUCUGUACAGGAAGCCAGUCCCCACUGCCCUUCUGAACCGCUGUCCAGCAAAGCCAGCCAAGACCAAGGAUCGGAUACGUUCGUGGAGGUGGGCAUGCCUCGAAGCCCCUCUCACUCGGGAAACAGCAAUGAACUGAAGCAGAUGUUGGCAUCUUGUAAGACGACAUCAGGAAAGAGGCAAGCCCUGGAGCUGCUUCAGGGCACCAAGAACUCCCUCCUACAUUCAGACUGUCUGUUGUCAGACUCUGACUCCAGUGCCUCGGAGAGUCCGGUGGCUGAUAAACGCGCUCCAGGCAGUGAAAGAGCAGCCGAACGGGCCGCUCAGCAGAAUUCAGACAGAAUCCGCCUGCCGCACCAAUCCUCCUUCUCCAACAUGCAGGCGUUCGACUAUGAGCAAAAGAAGUUAUUGGCAACCAAAGCCAUGUUAAAGAAGCCAGUGGUGACGGAGGUCCGUACCCCUACUAACACGUGGAGCGGUCUGGGCUUCUCAAAGUCUAUGCCUGCAGAAACUAUUAAGGAGUUGCGCAGGGCAAACCACGUAUCUUAUAAACCCACAAUGUCAACUACAUAUGAGGGGUCGCCUCUAGCCCUGUCCCACUCCAACAGUAGAGAGGGGGUGAGUGGCAGUGACUCGGAUAACUGGAGGGAAAGGAAUGGGAGCGGGCUCCCAGCACACAGCGACUUUCCCUCUCCCAUCAGCCCAAAAAGAAAGCAGAACAAAACAGAGCACUACCUAAGCAGCAGCAACUACAUGGACUGUAUCUCGUCGGUGACGGGAACUAAUGGCUGUAAUCUCAACACAUCUUUCAAAGGAUCAGAUCUGCCUGAGCUCUUCAGUAAACUUGGCCUCGGGAAAUAUACCGACGUCUUCCAACAGCAGGAGAUUGACCUUCAGACAUUCCUCACACUGACCGAUCAGGACCUGAAAGAGCUCGGCAUUACUACAUUCGGAGCCCGCAGGAAAAUGCUGCUGGCCAUCUCAGAGCUGAACAAGAACCGAACGAAGCUCUUUGAGCCGCCCAACAUCCGCUCAUCAUUCCUAGAAGGGGGCGCCAGCGGUCGACUGCCACGCCAGUUCCACACAGACAUUGUCAGUGUGAGUGGGCGCUGGUGAGCCCAUGCCAGUGCAUCAACGGACAGCCUGAAACUGCACAAAUUCCCAUUCCCAACUCCAACCUGAUAUACAGUACUGGACCAAAACCCGGACCUUCUGAAUCUGUGCCAAAUAAACAAAGUCCAUGGAUCAGAGGUUAAGGGUCAAAGAACUGUUGAAUAUUAUAUGCAAUAUGGUACUCGUGUUACAAUGAAGGAAAUGUAAUGAAGGAUCAUUGGAGCUCCUGCACUGUGCUUGUAUAUGGAGCAGGCAGAUUUUAUUUAUAUGCUCAUCUUAGGUUUCAACAUACUAAUUCUUUGCACUUUAAAAAAAUGCUAAAUAAUUUGUCCAUGGGCAGAUUUGCCUGACUAGACGUGCAUGGAUUUUAUCUAAAGGAUAUCAAGCCAAAGUGUUCUGCACAAAAUAUCCAUAAGGGAAGCUUAUCUCACCCCACAGUGAAAUCACCAGCCUGUUGUUAUUACUUAUGGAUCUUAGUCAGAGUAGACGGCAUAUUACAUUUGACACAAAUGAAAUGGAGUGUACGUCUAUCCCUCACAGGCUUGUUUUCAUUCAGGUCAAAUUAAAACAGUCUAUCCUAGGUUCCACGGUACAUUUUCUAUCUAUUAUUUCUAAACUUGGAAAUGGUUUACUGUUAAAUGGAAAAUGAAAAUUCGUUUAGUGUAUGGCUUUAGUUCUUCUGUGGUACUCAAAAGAAGAUAUUUAGAAUGUUUCAGCUGUUUUCGACCAUCCAAUGAAAGUCAUUUAAGUACAUUAGUGCCCGCCCACUUUUUCACCAGAGUUAGUUCUGGAAGUAUUUUGCUUCAAACUUUUAUUUGAAGCAAAAAAUAUGGGGAAAUCAGUCAAAAAGACACAAGACUGUACUUAACAGCUUUUGUGAGGAAAAGAACUACAAUCCCACGAAGCAUCAAAUUAAAAUUGAUAGUGAAAUUUAAAACUAUCCAUUUAAAGUUUUUGAUUAUAUCUACAGAAACAAUAUAUUUUAUGUUUAUUGAACUGAUUACAUCCUUUGCAGUGGAAUUUUUUGUAUCAGAUUCAUGCAGCUUUUCGCCAUAAAAAUAUAAUUAUUCUAAAAAUGAGUUGAAAUAAUGUGAACAGAUGGCUUCAACAAAAUGUAUAUUAUCGAUUAACCUCAAAGCUCACAACAGUUCUGUCUUUAAAGGUUUAUAAGUUAUAGUUAAAAAUCAGUUUCCCUAUGGAGAAAAUGA